AAAAUAGAAAAAAGGUUACAAUACAAUUUUAUCACUACAAAAUUCUACUAAACGGUAUUUACAAAAGUCAUUACCGCAUCUCUAAUUUCGGGAGGGAAUUAUUAACUGUCAAAUGUUUGGAUACAAUAAACGCGCUUUGAAUUUUUUAAACGGUUAGCUUUCCUUAUUCCGAUAAAUAUCAACAAGUGCGACUAUAUAAGAGACAUUAUAAGCAGUGUUUGUUUUGGGUUAGUGCUUCAAGAUGCAGAAAUCUAAAAAACGAAAGGUGGAGGACAAUGCGAUGGAAGUUGGUGAACCUUCAAAUGCAACCCAUACAAAUGGUAAUGCUGAGACUUCAAUACACGAAGAAAUUGAUCACAUAUCUGAUGAUGAAGAAGGUGGAGUUCGUAUAGGAGAUAUUUACAUACCGCCGGCUCCGAAACCGACAUGUUCUUUCGAUUCUAAAGGGCCCAGACUUAUAAUAACACACAUUGUGAAUGAGAACUUUAAGAGUUAUGCUGGAGUUGAAGUGUUGGGGCCGUUUCAUAAGAGCUUCACAGCGAUCAUAGGUCCUAAUGGCAGUGGUAAAAGUAAUGUAAUAGACUCUAUGCUAUUUGUGUUUGGAUACCGAGCUUCAAAGAUCAGAUCAAAAAAGAUAUCCGUGUUGAUCCAUUCAUCAAGCAAGUAUCCCAACCUGACUAGUACAACUGUGGCAGUUCAUUUUUGCCGAAUUAUUGAUGGGGAGGGAGAAGCAUUCGAAGUAGUACCAAAUAGUGAAAUUGUGGUAUCAAGAACUGCGUUUAGGGACAGCUCCUCAUUCUACACUCUUAAUGGAAAACGAGUGCAGUUCAAAGAGGUCUCUCGAAUGUUACGGUCACAUGGUAUAGACUUGGAUUACAAUCGGUUCCUGAUUUUGCAGGGUGAAGUUGAACAAAUCUCAAUGAUGAAACCGAAAGCUGUGACGGAACAUGAACCAGGAAUGUUGGAGUACUUAGAAGAUAUUAUUGGCACAUCUAGAUACAAGGAACCAAUAGAAAAAUUAGCAGUCAAAGUUGAAGAGUACAGCGAUUUGCGUAAAGAGAAACUAAACAGAGUGCGUUUGGUUGAACAAGAGAAGCAAGCGUUAAUGCAGCCUAUGCAGGAAGCCGUGGAUCUGCUCAACAUGACCAACACGUAUACGAGGAGUAGGAAUAUGGUGCUACAGAAAUAUAUUUACGAAACAAAAAAGAUAAUGGAGACUAAACAGCAGAGCUUAGAUGAAUGUAAGGCGAACUUAGCAGAAAUUGAUGAGAAGCUGAAGAAAAUUCAAGAAGAGCUACAGGAGAAGACAGGUGUACUCAAAGAAGGCACAAAAAAGUACGAUGUCCUACGCAAGAAGAAAGAGGAAGUAACAGAGAAGUUACAAUCUUGCAAGCGGAGUACGGUGACUACUCAAGCUGACCUCACGCAGAGUAACAAAAAGAAGAAGAAUUUAGACCAACUUAUUGAACAAGAGAAGGGGAAGUUGAUUGAUUUGGAACUUAUACCAGAAAAGAAUCAAAGGGAGAUUGAUGACUGUGGAAAACUUUUAGAAAAGCAUACGGAACAGAAGGCUAAAGCUGAGGAGGAAUUACAAGCUGUUGUGGCUAGUGUCAGAUCACGGACCCAAAGUCUUCAAGAAACAAAAGAUAAGUUACAAGGCAAAUUAAUGGAGUUAAAAAAGAUAGUCGAUGAAGCGAAUAAUUGCUAUAAACUGGCAGAGUCGGAGCUCAAAAUAUAUCUUAGUACGGAGAAGAAAGAGAAUGAAAAACUAGAGAAUAUGCAAGCUGCUUAUGAAAAGGCCAGUUCUGCUUUGGAACAGAAGAAACCUUUACAAGAAGAAUUGUCGCAAAGCUUACCGCAACAGGAAAAGCAGUUGAAUGAAAUGAACCAUAAAAUACAAAAACUGAAGAAAGAGGAGGCAACACUUAUCGCCGAAGUACGACCAUUAAGGGCACAAAUUGAAGAGUCCCGUCAAGCAAUGAGUGCUAACACGUCCAGGAACAAAGUAUUAAACGCUCUCAUGAAUGAGAAGCGAAAUGGAAGACUGCCUGGAAUAUUCGGACGGUUGGGCGACCUUGGCGGUAUCGAUUCGAAGUACGACGUAGCCAUAUCGACAUGUUGUGGAGGGCUGGACAAUAUCGUGGUAGAUACAGUGGAGACUGCUCAGGCUGCAGUAGAGUUCCUCAAACGCAACGACGUGGGACGAGCCACCUUCAUAGCUUUGGAUAAACAGGAACAUUUGAAACAAGUCUACGCUGCUCGGCAUACUUAUCCAGAGAACGUGCCUCGUCUCUUUGAUCUCGUCAAAGUAAAAGACGAACGCGUUCUACCAGCAUUCUACUACGCAUUGCGCGAUACAUUGGUCGCUAACGAUUUGGAGCAAGCCACACGGAUAGCGUAUGGACGGACGCGGUAUCGGACGGUCAGCUUGAAGGGAGAUGUUAUUGAACUUGCUGGUACGAUGACGGGCGGUGGUAAGCAAACAACGCGCGGCAAAAUGUCUUCGUCAGUACAACAGGACACAAGCGAGGCAGACCCUAGGGUCAUAAAGGCUAAUGAAGACAAAUUAGCCAAAAUGGAACAAAGGUUGGUUGAAGUUCGCAACGAGGUGUCUGAGUUAGAAGAAGCUCUCUCAAUUCUUCAACUAACGGUCCGCGACAAUAGAACCGCACUGAACAAACUCAACAUCGAACUCAAGAACUUAGUGGAACAAGUUCCUGUCAUACAGAGUCAAAUAAAACAACAAGAGAAGAAAGUAGCAGCCAGUCGGGUGGAUCCACAACAGAAGGCCAGCUUAGAGGCAACGGUUGCUUCUGCACUCAAGAAGCUGGAGAAGGCCAAAGAAAACGCUAGCGAGGUCGAAAGCGAUGUUCAUGAAAUAGACGAACAAAUAUCGGCAGUGGCUGGUGGCAAAGUGAGAGAUCUUCAGAAAGCUGUCGACGACCUCACCAAGAAGAUUGAUAAAGUCAACUCGGAAAUGACCAAGUUGAAAGUCUCUAUUAACACAAGUAAACGGAACGCCAAAAAAUCUAAAGAUAAAAUAAACCAAAUGGAGACCGAUCUACGGGACACGGAAAAAAAUAUUGAAACAUUGAAUAAUACUAAGAAACAGCUUACUUUAGAUAGCGCGAAAUACGAAAAGGAAUUGGAAGAAUUAGAUGAACAAAUUAAUGAAGGUACAGAUGAAUUCAAAGAACUAAAACAGGAGAUAAAUAAACUACAAUCGACGGAGAAUAAGAUCAAGGGAGAACGUAUGGAACGCAAAAACGACGUCGGAAAAGCGCAAAAGUCUCUGGAAGAUUGCGCAAACAAAAUACCGCAUUGGGAAAAAGAGCUCCGAACUUUAAAACUAGAAGAUCCACAAAUAGAAGGCAUCGCGGAGCUGGAACCAGUGACACCAUUAGCUCAGCAUACGGAUGAAGAACUUUCAGAAAUUAAUGUUGAGGAGUUGAGGAACCGGUUGACUGCACAGAAGAAUAGGAUCGGUGAUAAGAAGCCUAAUAUACAAGCUAUACAGGAUUACAAAGCAAAAGAGGAAUUGUACAUACGCAGGGCGGCGGAGUUAGAUGAAAUAACUAAUAGAAGGAAUGAAAUGAGAGCGUUACACGAUGAAUUGAGGAAGAAACGGAUGACAGAUUUCUUAGCUGGUUUUAACACAAUAACGGGAAAAUUAAAGGAAAUGUACCAAAUGAUUACGCUGGGAGGCGAUGCAGAGCUUGAGUUGGUUGACUCGCUAGACCCGUUCACUGAGGGUAUUAUUUUCAGCGUACGUCCCCCGAACAAAUCGUGGAAGAACAUAUCAAAUCUAUCGGGCGGAGAGAAGACGUUGUCAUCUUUAGCGCUAGUAUUCGCUCUGCAUUAUUAUAAGCCAACGCCUUUAUACGUUAUGGACGAAAUCGACGCCGCGUUGGACUUUAAAAACGUGUCCAUUGUCGCUAAUUAUAUUAAGGAUCGAACGAAGAAUGCUCAAUUCAUUAUAAUCUCGCUUCGAUACAAUAUGUUCGAAGCAUCUAAUCGUCUUGUAGGCAUUUACAAGACGGAAGACUGUACACACUGCGUCGCCAUCAAUAAUGAGGACUUUGAUCAACAUCUCGGAUCUCUUGUCGAAGGUCAAAAAAUAAACGCAUAAAUAAAAAAUAUAUUUUUUUUAGAUUUUAUUUUUGUGCAUUUUUUUGUUUAGAUUUUGUAUUAUAACUAUUA